GGGCGGGGGCGCGUCUCGGAGCGAGCCGGCAGCUGGAGCGGCCCCCCCGCCCCUCCCGCACGCAGCCCCAGCCCUGCCAGGCGGCGACCAUGGAGAAGUAACUUGAUGCCUUCCGAGCUCGCGGUCAGCCCCAGGCUCGAGGUGGGGAGGAGAGAGAGGAGCAGACCCCCAGAUCCUGCCGGGUCUGGCAGCCGCACCGAAACGUCCAAGAUCAUGGCGCCGGCACGGCAGCCCCUGCCCAAAUUCCUCUCCAAGGCUCUGCUGGCCUCCGUCCUCCUGGCUGAGAACUUCCACCAAGCGGGAGCCUUGGAGACGGUGCCGGAAAGCAACGUGAGCUGCCAAGGAUCCAACGCGUGCCAGCCGGGGGUGCUGCUGCCCGUCUGGCAGCCGGACAACCCCUCCUUCGGCGACAAAGCUGCUAGGGCCAUUGUCUACUUCGUGGCCAUGAUGUACAUGUUCCUGGGGGUCUCCAUCAUCGCCGACCGCUUCAUGGCCUCCAUCGAAGUCAUCACCUCCAAAGAGAAGGAAAUCACCGUCACCAAGGCCAACGGCGAGACCAGCAUCGGCACGGUGCGGAUCUGGAACGAGACGGUCUCCAACCUGACCCUGAUGGCACUGGGCUCGUCCGCACCCGAGAUCAUGCUCUCCGUCAUAGAGGUGUGCGGACACAACUUCCAAGCUGGGGAGCUGGGCCCCGGCACCAUUGUGGGGAGCGCCGCCUUCAACAUGUUCGUGGUGAUCGCCGUCUGCGUUUACGUCAUCCCCGCCGGGGAGAGCCGCAAAAUCAAACACCUGCGGGUCUUCUUCGUCACGGCCUCCUGGAGCAUCUUCGCCUACAUCUGGCUCUAUCUGAUCCUGGCGGUCAUCUCCCCGGGCGUGGUGCAGGUCUGGGAAGCUCUGCUGACACUCGUCUUCUUCCCGGUCUGCGUGGUCUUCGCCUGGAUCGCUGACAAGCGGCUCUUCUUCUACAAGUACGUCUACAAGAGGUACCGCGCCGAUCCGCGGAGUGGCAUCAUCAUCGGCACCGAAGGGGAGUUCCCCAAGGACAUCGAGAUGGAUGGCAGCUUCCUGGCCAACGACCACCGGGAGAACAUCUUCAUGGACGGGACAGCCUCCGCGUCCCCAGCCCUGGCCUCCUCCACCCAAGAGGAGAAGGAGCUGGACGAGAGCCGCAAGGAGGUGAUCCAGAUCCUCAAGGACCUCAAGCAGAAGCACCCAGACAAAGAGCUGGAGCAGUUGGUGGAGAUGGCCAACUACUAUGCCCUGCUGCACCAGCAGAAGAGCCGAGCUUUCUACCGCAUCCAAGCCACCCGCAUGAUGACCGGGGCUGGGAACAUCCUGAAGAAACACGUCUCGGAGUUCUCCAAGAAGUCGUCCAACCUCCUGGAGGUGCCGUCGGAGGCGGAGGAGGAGAACUAUAGCAAGAUCUUCUUCGAGCCCUGCCUGUACCACUGCCUGGAGAACUGCGGCUCAGUCACGCUGACCGUGGCCUGCCAGCAGGGCGGGGAGGGCAACCACACCUUCUACGUGGACUACAAGACGGAGGAUGGCUCGGCCAAGGCAGGCUCCGACUAUGAAUAUAGCGAGGGGACGCUGAUCUUCAAGCCGGGCGAGACGCAGAAGGAGCUGAAGAUUGGCAUCAUCGACGAUGACAUCUUCGAGGAAGACGAGCACUUCUUCGUCCGCCUGCUCAACCUGCGGGUGGGGGACGCCGAGGGUAUGUUUGAGUCCGACUCGGCCGACCACCCCAAGGGGCGGCUGGUGGCCCCGCUGAUUGCGACCGUCACCAUCCUGGACGACGACCACGCUGGCAUCUUCACCUUCCAGGACAAGCUCCUGCGUGUCAGCGAGUGCCAGGGCACCAUGGAGGUGAAGGUGGUGCGGAGCUCUGGGGCGCGGGGGACGGUGAUCGUCCCCUACCGGACGGUGGAGGGGACGGCUCGCGGAGCGGGGAUCGACUACGAGGACGCCUGCGGGGAGCUGGAAUUCAAGGACGACGAGACGGUGAAAAGCCUGCAGGUGAAGAUUGUGGACGAUGAGGAGUAUGAGAAGAAGGACAACUUCUAUAUCGAGCUGGGGCAGCCGCGCUGGCUGAAACGGGGCAUCUCGGCUCUCUUGCUAACUCAAGUCGACGGGGACAAGAAGCUCUCGGCAGAGGAAGAGGAAGCCUGGAGGAUCGCCGAGAUGGGCAAGCCGAUCCUGGGGGAGAACUGCCGGCUGGAAGUCAUCAUUGAGGAGUCGUACGACUUUAAGAACACCGUGGACAAAUUGAUCAAGAAAACCAACCUGGCCCUGGUCAUUGGCACCCACUCCUGGAGGGAGCAGUUCCUGGACGCCAUCACCGUGAGCGCAGGUGACGAGGAAGAGGAGGAGGACGGGCGGGAGGAGAAGCUCCCGUCCUGCUUUGACUACGUCAUGCACUUCCUGACGGUGUUCUGGAAGGUGGUCUUCGCCUGCGUGCCGCCCACCGAGUACUGGAACGGCUGGGCCUGCUUCAGCAUCUCCAUCCUGGUGAUCGGGCUCCUCACCGCCCUCAUCGGCGACCUGGCCUCCCACUUCGGCUGCACUGUGGGCCUCAAGGACUCCGUCAACGCUGUGGUCUUCGUGGCCUUGGGCACCUCCAUCCCGGACACCUUUGCCAGCAAGGUGGCCGCCCUGCAGGACCAGUGCGCCGACGCCUCCGUCGGCAACGUGACCGGCAGCAACGCGGUGAACGUGUUCCUGGGGCUGGGCGUGGCCUGGUCGGUGGCCGCCAUCUACUGGGCCGCCCAGGGCCAGGACUUCAAGGUGCAGACGGGCACGCUGGCCUUCUCCGUCACCCUCUUCACCAUCUUCGCCUUCGUCUGCAUCAGCGUGCUCCUGUACCGCCGCCGGCCCGGCAUCGGGGGCGAGCUGGGGGGCCCCCGGCCGGCCAAACUCCUCACCGCCGGCCUCUUCCUGGGCCUCUGGUUCCUCUACAUCCUCUUCUCCAGCCUCGAGGCCUAUUGCCACAUCCGGGGCUUCUGAGCCGGCGUCGGGGGGGGGAAGGGACGGGGGGGACGCUGCCCCCCCCACCGUCCCCUUUGCCCAGAGACACCGCCUGGGGGGAAAGGGGAAGGGGGUCCUGCUCCAUCCCAGCACCCAGAUCUUUGAGUGUCCUCUUUUGUUUUUGUAGGGUCUGCGUGGAACCAGGAGCCGUCCCCCGCCCCAGUCUGUCAUGGGUGCAGCCAUUAUAUGGGGGGGGGGACAAGCCCACCCCUAAUUUUUAGCACCUGAUUGAUGUCACCGCCCCCCCCCCCCCAUGAACAAUCCCCGUGAACCGGGGGUGCUUGGCAGCGAGCGUGACCCCUAGGGGCUGGCGAGGUUUGGGGGGAUCGGAGGGCAGUGAGGUUUAGGAGAAGGGGGAGACGGGGGGGCGGGAGUGCCACAACAGCCCCCCCAACCCCCAUGGCGUUUUUGUUUUACUUGUUUUGUUCUGCCUCGUGCUCUUCUCCUCGGGUCUGGGGACGGGUUGGGGCGUUGGCCGGCCGGACACAGGGACUCGAGCUGCAGCAGGGGGUGAUUUGGGGGGCGGUAGAACGGACGGGAGUGACUCGAUCCCCACCCCCCCCCCGGCUCUGGAGAGGUGCAAGAACCAGCCGCCGGAUCCCAUCUGCGGCGGAAGAACAGCGCCCCCCCCGCCCCCCAUGUCGGCCUGCAGCAGGGGGCCGCUCGCAGCGGGGGGCUCGGCAGCCAGCCAGGCCGGUGGUGUGUGCCCACCGCACCCCGCCCGCCCGCCCGCUCGUGGACGGGGGGGCCACCUGCUCCUCAGCCUGGUCUGACGCCCCGGUGCAGACGUGUGUGUGUGUGCAGCCGUGCACACACCCACACCGCAUGUGCACACACACACACACACACACACACACACACUGCUCCACCAUUCCCCUCUCCCAGCGCCUCUUCGUGCACCCCGUUCCACCGGGCGGGGCCUGGCCCACAGCACAUCCCCUCAGGCCAUGGGGCGUCAUCAUUCCAUGGGGCAGGGCAUGACCGGCCCCAUGGUGGUGCUGGUGUGUGUGUGUGGGAGGGGGGUGUUGUCCCUCGCAGCACCUGGCAUCUGAUCCAGCCAUGGAGCUCGUCAGUCACCAUGUGGAGCUGAGGGGAGAUCAAAGUCCCAAAUUGCAUUAACCCCCGAACCCCAGGGGCCUGGCCCCACUGGGAUGCUGUGAUCUGUCCUUGCCCCCACAGACCUGGGUCAAGCCAUUGAUGGGAGCUGUUUGCAAAGGGGGACACAGGGUCCGAUCCCUGCUGUGUGAUGCCAACUGGCUUGGGUGGAGGCACGUGACAUCAUUUCGAAUAGCAGGGAUUUUUUUUCUGGCGCUGAGAUGCAGCCUCCUCUGGGGUGGGACAGAGCAGCUGUUUGUACAGGGAGCCCUCGCCCGGCGCUGAGCUUUCCCAAGGGAGCUCCAGUAAAGCCAAUGGCUCAGGUAAAGCGGCUGAAGGUCCGCAUUGCUCACUAGCUGCAUGUCGGAGCUUGGCGAGGAGGCAACGUAGGCCAGAUGAGGAAGGGCCACUCCAGAAUUUCCAGCAGGAGGGGGCAGAGGAGCAGCUGGUGGGGGCUGCAUGGAAGAUGCAUAUAUUAAAAUUACAGGGGGUCUGGAAAAUGGUUUUUUUUUCCAUGCUGAAUUUCAAGUUUUUGGUGAAAAAAACCCUAAAUUAUAAUAUUUUGGCUGCAAACAGAACGAUUUUAAGUCUGAAAUGCCAGUGCAGCGCUGCAUGGGCAGUGUCCUUCAGCUCCCAGCCCCAGUCUUAGUUGGGCUGCUUGUUUGGACUACAUCUCCCAUGAAGCACCACAGCCUUCCGGCUUGGCCACGGUGCAACAUGGGCAGUGAAGUCUGGCCGGGGAGCCCUGCCAAUAGAGGAGAACGGGAGCAGAAGGCACCCAAACUACAACUCCCAUGGGGCUCCCCGGCAGCAGAUCAGGCAGGACAAAUCUUCAUUUUGGUUGGAAAAUUGUUCAUUUUGGGGGCAUUCGGGGGGAGUGUUAAACCAAAACAUGGACGUUUUUGGCGGGACGCAGCCAAGUCUGUCAGAAACCCAAUUGUCUAAAGAACAGUUUGGGUGACAAGCCCUAAUUAGGGCCUGCGGUGGCUUUGGCCGGGGUGGUGCAAUUGGGUCAUUUCCCCGUUAGGCGUGUGCGUCUUUCAAAGCGGGCGGGGGGGGGGAAUCCUUGCUAGAGCAUUGAGUUUUAUUCUUUCUGAGAAGUAUCCCCAAAGUCCAGGAGUAAAAAAAGCCUUAUUAAAUGGGGGGGGGGGGGGGAAAUAUGGGUCCUUUUCAACCUGGCUGGGUGUUAGCCAGCGUUCCCAGCUCUCACGAUGUGGGGUGUGGUUUAUAAAACCCCAGCUCCGGGACGGGGGGGAUUAGCUGAGAAUCUUGGCUUUAAUAUUUUUUUAAAAAACACACGUUUCUAGCCCUUCUAGCUGCAGAGAAAAACCUCCACAGCUCCACUGCCAGACGACAAGACGAACGCGCCCUUCCAGGCCCCGCUGCGUGUUCUUUGUCAAAUGCCCUGGGUUUUUUUAAGCACCUCGCAAUUGGCUGCCUUGUAAUUUUUGCACAGGCGAGGCGUGGGCCUAGGGUGACCAGUUAGCAAGUGUAAAAAAUCGGGCCAGGGGCUGGGGGGUAAUAGGAGCCUAUCUAAGAAAAAGCCCCACGUCAGGACUGUCCCUAUAAAAUCGGGACAUCUGGUCACCCUCCGUGGGCCCUGGCCAUGAGCCACGUGGCUGGGGCUGCGCGGGGAGACUUGGCCCCAUGCAGAGGGCAGGGUUUUUAACCUGGAUUUCUUACCACCAUGUCCCGGUUUUUUUGGACGACGACACUUUUCAGACCAGGGAUUUUGUAGCUCGCCGGCCUGGGCCGGGGCGGGGAGAGAGGCCGUCUCCUGCCCCUUCUUUCUAGUCUCUUUCUUCUCUGUCGGUAGUUUUGUCCGUCACCUUUUGAGACGCUGGGUCUCUUUCUGUACGAAUCGCCAUAAACCUUUGAAUAUUGCCUGUUAACGUCUUCGCGGCCGAGAGAGCGCGGUGGGGAAACAUGCAUGCCACCCUCCGGGACGGCCGGCUGACUUGCCGAAUACAUUUAUUUUGAAGAAAAGAAAAAAAAAAAGAGACACGAGAACUUU